AUUACAUGAGGAGGGCUGGCCCUAUCAAGAGGGCUGGCCCUAGUACCCGAGACGGAUUUCUGUUUGCGAUUACAUGAGAAAAACUCAUCUCGCGGUUGAGCUCUCGUCCCUGUGCAAUAAGUUGUGCAAUGAUUUGGCGGGAAAGUUUUAAUUUUCUGUGCUGAUGAAAAUGGCGGCAACAAAAAGCAACAGAGCACGAUUUACAAGCAUUUGCCGUAAAAUUGGAAUAUUUGUGUCUUUAUUGAUGCAAUUCCAAGGCAUUCUUUAUUUGUAUUUACUUCAACAAAAAAUUAUGUGUCGAAAAAUCCUUGCAUAUGGCGCAAUGAAGAAAAGUAGAAUGCAAAGAAAAGCAGAAUGCGAAGAAAAGCGAAGCACAUUCAGAUGAAAAGGAUGUUGAGAAAGAAAAGAAGUACUUGGGUCAGAAAUGGAAGAACGGAGUCUUGGUGGGCGAAUAUGUUGAGGGAAUUUCACCUGAAGAUGAAUGGAAAAGAAACUUCCGAAUGACCAAAUUACAGUUUUUUCUUCUUUGUGAUAAAUUACGACCAUUUAUCUCGCCAGGAACAUCACCAAAUUACAGGGCCUUGACAUUAGAGAAAAAAAUUGCAGUAACAUUAUAUUACCUAAAAGAUACUGGUUCUAUAGAGUACCGAAGUCGUGACGUCAGGUUGCCAUGGAAGCGUUUCAACUGGUUCUAAACAAAGUUUUCAUCAUGGCGUCUGGUUUCGAGUAGCAAAACAUAGGCGAAGAAAAAUGGUACAGUGUUUUGCCCCGGACUGCAAUCAUCAGUCAGAAAGGGAGACAUGCAAAUUUUAUAGAUUUCCUAAGAGCCCUAGUGAGUUUGAACGGUGGAAAAAGCUGUUGAGACGACAAGACCGAGCUCCGGGAAGUAAUUCGCGUGUUUGUAGCUGCCAUUUCCGCGACGAAUUAAAAGUAAAUGGCCCCGAAAUCUUCAAAAGAAAUGCAGAUAAAUUCUUUCCAACCACCGAAGUACGAAAGCCGAAAAUUGCUAAAAAGGUAAAGCCAGCUCCCGAAAAUCCAAGUGGCCUAAUGUUAGUUUCAGACAUCGUUGAACAGUAUUACGCCUCUGCUGCCUCCACUUCAAGAGAAAACAACACAGAAACGCCAACUCGAGAAGUUCUGCUUCAAAUUGAAGUAGAAAAUCUAAGAAAGGAAGUAAAGGAUUUGAAAAUUAAAGGGACGUACCAGAGGGAAGUUUACUCGGUAUUAUCACUGAAAGAUGAGGUAAUUUGCAUGGAGACUGGCCUAACAAAUAAGGAUAUAUUCCUUAUCGUUGUCAAUUUUGUAAGACGGUUCUCAAAUGAUAUCGACUACUAUUAUGGCUGGAAAGUUGACAAGAUUUUGUUGGAAGAUCAAGUUUUUAUAACCCUAAUGAAAGUACGACAGAACUAUACAAACCUGCACUUGGCUGAGCUUUUUCACUGUAGCACUUCAACGAUCAGUAAUAUAAUAUUAACAUUUGUUCAUGUACUUUGCAAGCUGCUUUAUGAGGACUGUUUAAAAACUGUGCCUUCAAGGGAAAAGAACAGAACCUCUAUGCCUGAAUCAUUUUCAUUGUUUGGCCAUUGUAAAAUGAUCAUUGACUGCACUGAUAUUGAGGUUGCUGCCCCUGGCUUGAUGAGUGAACAGAAACUGAUCUAUUCAACAUACCGAGGAAUGAACUCAUUCAAGACACUGAUUGGGGUUGCACCAAAUGCUGUCAUUACUUAUGUAAGCAAACUGUUUCCUGGCUCAACAUCUGAUAAAGCCAUUGUUGAAAAAUCUGGAGUGUUACAUCAUUUUGAAGCAGGAGAUUUGAUACUGGCAGACAAGGGGUAUUUAAUAACAGAUAUUCUUCCCCCAGGUGUUUCCGUGAACAUUCCCCAAUUCUUAUAUAAUGGAAAGUUUAAUUCAAGUGAAAUAAAGCUCACAAAAACAAUUGCACGAUGCAGAAUUCACGUGGAACGAGCAAACGCAAGGCUUAAAGAUUUUAAGAUCUUAAGCUUUAUUCCACCAUACCUUCGAUGCUACUCUGAAACACUUUUAAAACUGUGUGCUGGGCUGGUCAACUUGCAAAACUCACUCAUCAGAGAAAUCAGAGACACUGUAGAUUUAACAUAAUUUUCUUUUAAUGUCAAAAUGAAUAGAACAUAAACAAAAAUUUGAAAUCAACUUGACUAGAAUUAAUUUUGAGCCUUAACCCUAUUUUUGAAUAGCAUAUAAAUUACAGACUUAAAAAAGCCCUGGACAAGUGAACUGAACAUUACAUACCCAUUGCCAAGUGAGCAACUGUGGUCAGUUCAAAAUUUAUACAGGCAGAUUGUGGAUAAAUAUUCA